CUCUCUCUCUCUCACCUUCGGAUUAGCCAUCUUUUUUCAGACGCGCUCUCCUUUUGUUUUGACCAGCUGCCUUCGUCUAUUGCAGGUGUUGGAAUCUUGAGUUCUGUUUUAAGGAUUGCUAGGUUUAUGUUUAUUAUUGUCAACUGGGAUAUCACGCAAUUGAAAACCGGCAUUUUUAUACGUAUAACGGGAUCGAUCCUCUGCGUUGACUGCGAAGAGACCAGCAGAGCUUCAAGAUACUCGCUUUGAUUCUAGUCACAAUACCUUCGAUCCGAUAAGAUGGCGGACGUAAACUUCGAAUCUCUGGCGGAGGCGACGUCCGGUGCUGUGGGGGCUCUGGUGAGCACAACCGUGCUCUACCCACUCGACACAUGCAAGACAAGGUAUCAGGCCGAGGUGGGAUCGCACGGCCAGAAGAAGUACAGGAACCUUUCUGAUGUUUUGUUUGAAGCAAUUUCCAAGGGACAAAUUCUUUCACUAUACCAAGGACUUGGCACAAAGAACUUACAUUCUGUCAUAGCACAAUUUGUGUACUUCUAUGGUUAUAGCUAUUUCAAACGACUUUAUCUUAUGAAGAGUGGAGUCAAAUCCAUUGGAACGACUGUGAACUUGAUUAUUGCAGCUGGUGCUGGUGCUUGCACUGCUAUUAUCACCCAGCCAUUGGAUACAGCAGCUUCCAGGAUGCAAACAAGUUCCUUUGGAAAAUCGAAGGGAUUGUGGGAAACCCUUACAAAUGGUUCAUUGACUGAAGCUUUUGAUGGUCUAAGCAUAUCUCUUGUCUUGACAUCAAAUCCUGCUAUUCAGUACACCGUAUUCGACCAACUUAAACAAGUAUUUUUAAAGCGGCAGCAAAGUAAGCAAUCAGCGUCAGGUUCUGCAGGCUCCUCUUCAGAAUCUCUUUCUGCUUUUUCGGCUUUUCUAUUGGGUGCCAUAUCCAAAACUGUGGCAACCAUCAUAACCUAUCCAUUGAUCAGAUGCAAGGUUAUGAUCCAAGCUUCUGAUCAUGAAGACGACUCUAAUGAACCCAAAUUAAAGUCACACAAAACAAUAAUCGGUGGUUUGUCAUCUAUAUGGAGAGAAGAAGGUAUUCCAGGCUUCUUCAAAGGCCUGCAAGCUCAAAUUCUGAAGACUGUCUUGAGUUCAGCUUUGUUAUUGAUGAUCAAAGAAAAGAUUUCGAGGUUUACUUGGAUCACAAUGCUUGCUCUUAGACGAUAUCUGUUGGUUUCUAAGAAGAGGCUGAAGAAUGCCUAAGAAAGGAUCACUCUAUUAUAAAUAUGCUGCAAGACAUGAUUGUAAAUUUUACUGGAAUGAAUAAGAGAUCCAUUAGAGCUAAUGAGGCAGCAGUCGCAUUCCCUGUAAGAGUAUAGCAACUAUGCACGUUUAUUAGCAGCAGUAGCUACUUCAAUUAGCUUUGAGCCAAUGCUUGGCAAUGAUUGUAAAAAUUCAGUUUCAGUUAACAAUCAUUUCCGUUUCUUAAAUCUGAUAAAAUAGCUUCCUCAAACUUUUGGGGGUCAUGAUAAUGUUGUAUUCCGAGUGAAAAAGUAAGCUUCUUUUUCAUCUGUAAACAGUAUAUUAUUCUAAGGAUGGUGCCCAAGGAUAUGAAUGCAAUAUUAUUUUAUGAGUAAAGUGUCAAAAUAGUCUUCCGAUUUUUUUAAUUUGGGGCAGCAAAAAUCUCAUGGAGGAUUAUUAGAGCUCAAUUUAAAAUAGUCGGGAUUAUUUUUCACUUCUGUAUUUUGGGAUUAAAACAACCCCAAGUAAAUAGUCGGGAACUAUUUUGACACUUUACUCAUUAUUUUAAUGUUUCAUUCAACACUACCAUGACAGAUUAUCUGAGAUU